AUGCCCGAUUUUGGCUCUCAGCUCGACGUGCAUGAGUCCCAGCUCCCCUUCUCGAUACAAUAUCCCCUACCACCGCCUCUGGGCGCGGUGUUUGACGAAUAUCAUUUUCCUCCUGCUGCCCGGCAGCAACAUUUCACUCCAGCCUUGCCUGUGUACCCAUAUCUAUCACAUUACGACCAUGUACCUACCGUUGCGCAUUAUCCCCGCGCGACGGCUAACCCGGGCACGGCAUAUUACACGCACGAACACCGCGUCUGGUCUCAGGCCGUUGAGCCAGAGCACGACCCCCCUCAACGAGACGUCAUCGUAUACGAUGUUUCUCACAGUAUCUCCCACAAUUCUCCAAUGAUGUCUCGUCCAAUUUCCCAGCAGGAAAUUCCAGAAUCUGCUUUCCUCCCCCAGCAGCAGUACGAGGACGCCACGGAUAUUCCAGACUCGGUCUCAAAUAUCCAACGCUCCAACAUGCUUCCGCCUUCCGCUCCUUCUACCGCCGAGACAGAACAUAGCUCGGGUUCUGACAUUGCCGCGUCCAAGUCUCGUGCAGAUCGUCCGAAACACUCGCCCAACCAGUCCAAGAAGGACCCGAAGGGAGACCCCUACGCGCCCGCCUUCAUUCAGGCCACAAUCGGCGAAAAGAAAUGGGAAAUGUUCACCGCACGCCUCGCAGAGAAACGCAUCGGGAGGCACCGAGGGAAAUAUAAAGCUACACCUACCAAUUCGUCCUCACUGCAAGGGCAAGAUCAGCACGUCGACAGCGCUGCCGACGUCGACACAAGCAGUGGCAAAGACCGAUCCGCGUCCGUCAUCGACUUUCUCGUGAAAGUAGAGGUGGUGAAAGCCGUGCUCCGCGCCUACGUCCCGCACCCUUACAACCCGCUCAAGUCGCUCACGCACCCCUAUGAGCGCGCGCCGUCCGGGCACGUGACCUUGACGCGAUCGACUGUUCUGGCGCUGUGCGGCUGGUCAAACACGCAGUUCUCGUACUGGGCGCGUCGCGCGGAAGCCGUGUCCGUGCUCGCGCCACUCGACGUACGUCUGCGUGCCGUUGCGCGGGCGCUCCAACACCAGCUCUAUGUGGUGGGCGUUAGCAGCGCGCCCGCGGCGCAGCAGGACCAUCCCCUUACUGAAGGCGGGCGGGCGCACGACGGCGUAGCCGCGAUGACAGAGGAGUGGGUCGACACGUGCGUCACAGGCAAGGGGCUCGACAACAUCAUCGACGAGGUGAAGAAGCGUUCCGGCGCGAGCCCGUUCCUCCGCGGGCGGCACUCGAGCUUGGACCCCUUCGGUACGAUCAACGGCGAGACGGAUGGGGGCACGAACUCCAACGACCAGCCUGCGGUGGGCAUGAUGUGCAUGCCGAUAUUCCAGGCAGAGAAGUACGUGCACGAGGUGCCUGCGGAAACUGGCCGUGACCACGACCACGACGGCAACAGCGUGGAGAUGAGUCAGACACAGAGUAAGAGGCGGUCGUGGGACGACUGCAGCACCAGUGCGGGCGCGAGCUCCAGCCCCGUCUCAGCGUCUGAUAUGUCGAACCUACAGUACCCCCAGACCCCAGCGAUGGUGUCGCAUCCCGAAGACGUCCCCCAGCUCUCGUUCCAGUUGUCCGACUCGCGGGGAGACAGCCUCCUGCCCCGCGUCCUCGACGGAGGCAGCCAGCACGCGUACGCGCAGCUGCGCAUGCCCCUCAUGUCCAACGCUCCGCGCCCGCGGUCAUCGGGCUAUCUCCUUCCCUUCCCGAAAGCUCUGAGCGACCUGUCGUACGCGGAGAUGCACGCGCAUAUGCAACUGCCAGACCAGCUGGAACGUCCGCGGAAGAAGAGUAAGUCUCUGUGA